AUCUUUCUCGGGUCAUUUGUGUUGUUUUAUACUUCAUAAACCUCGACGCUCUGUUGUUGCGGAAGAUAUUCAAAACUUUCAUCUUCGCUUCCCCAAAUCACACACAAUGGGCUCUCUCGGAAACAUUGCUCUUAUUCUCGGUGCCCUCACGGCUGGAGGCGGUAUUACCGGCUAUGUGAGGACUGGAUCCGUGCCCUCAAUCGCCGCUGGAUGUACCGUUGGUCUCUUAUACAUGCUCGGAGGCUAUCGCGUAAACAGCCGCGCGGCUUACGGAAUCGAAUUGGCUCUCCUUGCCUCCAUCAUUCUCGCCGGCAGUUCGAUCCCGAGAGCAAUCAAGUCUGGAAAGCCGCUACCUAUCGGAUUGAGCAUCCUGGCUACUUUUGGACUGUGGACUUUUGGAAAUGCGUACAUGACUAAGCGUGGAUGAGAAAGAGGUGCUAUCCGAGUUGGGUCGGGAUGGGGUAAUGAUACUAUGAGAUUAUCAUUGAAUGCCCUUUC